UGUAAAGUCCACCUUGUGUGCCUGUCAGUUCAAACUCCGGGCUGUAACAGUCCACUUUGUGUGCCUGUGAGGACAAACCCGGGCUGUAAAGUCCACCUUGUGUGCCUGUCAGUUCAAACUCCGGGCUGAAACAGACACUCUGUCAGCCUGUCAGUUCAAACUCCGGGCUUUCCGACCCUCGUCCCGUCCUUGACAAACAGUAACACGGAGCUAAGAUGGCGGCCACCGUAGUGAGAAGCAUCGGCUCCACUUUGGGCAAAAACCUCAGAGAGAUCCGCGUGCACCUCUGCCAGAGCUCAGCCGCGAGCCAGGGUGCGAGGGACUUUGUGGAGCAGCAGUAUGUAUCGCUAAAGAAGAUGAACCCGGACUUCCCGAUCCUGAUCAGAGAAUGUUCUGGAGUCCAGGCCCGAGUCUGGGCCCGAUACGAUUUCGGGAAGGAGAGCAGCGUCUCUGUGGACAACAUGUCAGCUGAUCAGGUGGCCUCAGCGCUGCAGACUCUGGUCCAGUCCAAACCCUAACUCCCCCCUUCAUGAAGUGGUUCAGUCCAGACCGGCCUCAUUCCUUCAGUUGAUGUAAAUGUGUUGAUAUGAAUAAACUCCUGUAUUAUUGAG